CACUCGAUCGAUGGAGCUACCAACAUUGGCCGCGUUCCUCGCCAUCGUCCUUGGCCUUGCUCUUUUCCUCGGAACCUUACUUUUGCACCGCCGCCGCCGCGCCUACAACCUCCCGCCCGGCCCCAAGCCAUGGCCAAUCAUCGGGAACAUGAACCUCAUGGGCGAGCUGCCCCACAGCUCCAUCCACGAGCUCUCCAAACGCUAUGGCCCCCUCAUGCAGCUCCGGUUCGGGUCGUUGCCUGUCGUCAUCGCUGCGUCCGCCGAGAUGGCGAAGCACAUCCUCAAGAUCAACGACGCGGCGUUCUCCGACCGGCCGAGGUUCGCUGUCGGCAAGUACAUCGCGUACGACUGCUCCGACAUCCUGUGGUCCCCCUACGGUCCGUACCUGCGACAGACACGCAGGAUCUGCGCCGCCGAGCUCUUCAGCACCAAGCGGCUCCAGUCCUUCGACCACAUCCGCGACGAGGAGGUGCGCGUCAUGUUGCGCGACCUGCGCAGAGCAUCCGGGCGCACCGUGCGGCUCAGGGACACCCUGCAGAUGCUGACGCUCGGUGUGAUCUCGCGCGUAGUCCUGGGCAGGAAGUACGUCGAAGAAGAGGCGGCCGGCGAGGGGGCCUCACCGCCGGUGAUAACGCCCGCCGGAUACAGGGAGAUGGUGGAUGAGUUCUUCGUGCUCCACGGCGCGUUUAACAUUGGCGAUUUCAUCCCCUGGUUAGAUUGGCUGGACCUGCAGGGCUACGUUAGGAGGAUGAAGAAGUUGAGCGCCAUGUUUGAUCGAUUCCUGGAGCAUGUCCUGGACGUGCACAACGAGCGCCGGCGACUUGAGGGAGAGAGGUUCGCGGCCAAAGACAUGGUGGACGUGCUGCAGGAUCUGGCCGACGACCCUAACCUUGAGGUCCAGCUCAGCAGGGACAAUGUUAAGGCUAUCACCCAGGAUCUAAUCAUCGGAGCCACAGACACCUCUGCAAACACCAUGGAGUGGGCUCUAUCUGAGCUCCUCAAGAACCCCAAGAUCUUAGCCAAGGCCACCGAUGAGCUGAACAACGUCAUCGGGCCCGACCGCUUGGCCACCGAGAAGGACCUUCCUCACCUCCCCUACAUCGAUGCCAUCCUCAAGGAGACCAUGCGGGUGCACCCGGCCGCGCCGAUGCUGGCACCCCACCUGGCCCGUGAGGACACACGCGUGGAUGGCUACGACAUCCUCGCGGGCACGGCCGUGUUCAUCAACGUGUGGAGCAUCGGCCGUGACCCUGCGCUGUGGGACGCGCCGGAGGAGUUCCGGCCCGAAAGGUUCCUCGAGAGAAAGAUCGACAUGAGGGGUCAGGACUUUGAGCUGCUGCCGUUCGGGUCCGGCCGGCGAAUGUGCCCCGGAUACAGCCUCGCGAUGAAAGUGAUGGCGCUGGGCCUUGCCAACCUGCUUCAUGGCUUCGUGUGGAGGCUUCCGGAAGGUAUGACAGUGGAGGACCUAAGCAUGGAGGAGACCUUCUUCCUUGCGAUGCCGCGCAAGUUCCCACUCGAGGCCACUGUCGAACCUAGGUUGCCGGCCCACCUCUAUUUGGGUGGUUGAUGUCGUUGAUGUCCGUACGUGUGUUGGUAUGUGUGUGAACUGUGAAGUGGAGUACGUUAUUUUUCAAGCUCUUGGAAGCUAUGUUGUGUCUCAUGUCUAGAUCAAUGGUGCUCCAUAUAUUAUGGUGUGUAACUCAAUAAGAUACCUCGCCACUGAAAGGACGUCUA